AUGAGCGACUUGAAUCUAGAUGACUUGAGUUUAUCAGAUUCUGAUUACAGCUCUGAUGAGGGCAUUAGUGAGUCUGAUUCGUUCAGAGGAGCUACACACCAGGCUUUGAAAGAGAAAACUGAACUUCUGGACAAAUAUGCGUCGCAGAUCAAGGUGGAUCAAAUCAAACAUAGAGUUACCCGAGAUAAAGCUGAAAGAGCCACAGUGGAACAGGUCCUCGAUCCUCGGACACUGAGAUUCUUGUCCAAGCUAUUUAAAAACGGAACAAUUACGGAAAUAAAUGGAUGCAUAUCAACAGGCAAGGAAGCCAAUGUGUAUUACGCACUGAACUCAGAAACGGGAAAAGAAUAUGCUGUCAAGAUUUACAAAACCUCCAUUUUAGUGUUUAAGGACCGUGAGAGGUAUGUGGACGGUGAGUUCAGAUUCAGAAAUACCCGCAACCAGUCGAAUCCUAGGAAAAUGGUUCGCUUGUGGGCUGAAAAAGAGUUUAGAAAUUUGAAACGGUUGCAUUCUGCUGGGAUCCCUUCUCCUGAGCCAGUGGAUCUCAAAUCGCAUGUUUUGGUUAUGGAAUAUCUUAGCAAAGGAGACGGAUGGCCUUCUCCAAAACUGAAAGAUUACGAGUUCCAAGAUGACGAGGAAAUUGCACGCUUUUACAUUCGACUGCUUAUUUACAUGAGAUGGCUCUAUCAGAAAUGUCGGCUGGUACACGCAGACUUGAGCGAGUACAACACUAUUGUGCAUAAGGGAGAACUUUAUGUAUUUGAUGUUUCUCAGUCUGUGGAGCCUGAUCAUCAGAUGUCAAUGGAUUUCUUGCGAAUGGAUAUCAAAAACGUGAACGAUUUCUUUUCCCGGACAAAAAACAUCAAUGUUUUUCCCGAAAGGAUGAUAUUUCGGUUUGUUAUUGACUCGUGGUCAAACUUGAUUGCUGAGUUGAUUCCUGAAAAGAACGACCGGCUAUUGGCUUUGGACGACCCUGAGAAUCUAGACUUGCUCGAAAAAUAUCUGGCUACAUUACCUCACAAGACAGAAGAUGACCAAGAAGACAUUGUGUUCAGAUCAUUGCAUUUAGUUAGCUCGCUGAACCAUCUGGAAGAGCGCGAUUUCGAUAAGUUCAAGAGUGGGCAAGUGGACACCUUGAGAGAUUUGGUUAAGGAAUCUUCAAGUGAGGAAGAAGACGACGAUGAGGAGACGAAUGAGGAGAGCUAUGAUGAGUGA